CAUAAUUGAUUGAAGGAAGUGUCACGAAAUUGUGCACUUAAACACGAAUUAUCAGGAAUAUGAAUUUCUGGGAAGACAUGGAGUUUGUUCACAAAAUAGUUGAUGCUGCAAUGAGAGCUAUGAACAACAACACAGUGAUUGAUAUCUGUCUGCUCGCUUCAUUUGCAACAAUGGGAAUAAGAUCAGUGAACCAGCAAAAGGUCAUUGAGGUUCUAGAGGCUGAGAAGGAAAGUCUUGUCAAAUCCAACAAGGCCAUGAGAAAUGUCAUGUGGGAUUGGAAACUACAGCUUUUUGCUGAAGCCUCUACUGAUUCUGCAUUGGUCCCUCUGUCAAGCCUCCGAGCCAUCUACGGUGAAGCCCCAGCUGCUUAACUUGGAGUCGCUGCGAAGCAAGGUGCAAAACCUUCUAGUGGGGCAAACUUUACUGUGUGAAAUGUGCAGAGCGAUUGUUCUUUUUGAGAAGUUUCGGCAUUGGAUCACUAUUAAAUAAGCUAUUGUGAGAGGUGAGAAAAUUGUAAAUGCUGUCAGGCUUGGUUACCAUUUUGUUAUCAAUGAGCAAUAUAAUACAUAGGAAGCUUAUCAAUUAUAUUGCAAUAGGGACCGAAGGGAGUAAUUAGUAUGAUUGGAGCUCCCAGAUCAUCUGGCUAAAAAAUUGCGAGUGAUAGCUCUGGAAGGAUCUCUGUGGAGCGUCUGAUAACAGGCAUCCUCAAAAAGUAAAAUGAAUGAACAUGUCUUUUGAUGUUGUCCAAGUUUGGAGCAUCCCUACUUGGGAUAUUCAUCAAAAGCCAUAACGUUCCUAACCCCUCCCCCCCCUCUAUAUCCCUAACACUUAUUUUUGUAUUGUAAAUUCUCAAAAGGGAUGAGUAGUUUGGCUUGGGAAUAGCUUAUCCAUUAGGAUAAACUUUGAAUCUGUUGCCAAAGCUUUCUUAGAAAGAUGGUUUCAGCCAUACAAGGAGGGAAGGAUUAUACUUGAAGGUUUAAGAAUGAUCCUGGCUUUGGGAUGCAAGGAAUCAGCAGCAGCAUAAAGGAAUUGAUGUCCAGUCACAUCAGAUCAUCAUGAAGGUCAUGACAAUUCUUGUUUAUUAUAUGUCUAGAGUUGGAAUAUAGGUUGGCCUUAUUGAGCUAUUCUGUAUAUAGUUUUUCUUC